AAUACGCACGUGAUACACUGACCGUAUGCACUGCUCUGCACAGUACCGUACAACAUUGACGUGCCAGUGCGGAAUAGAGCAGUGGCUGAGUACAAUUGUGAUGCUAGGUGGUGGUUUGUAAUUAUUUUGGUAUUCUAGGGGCCAUUUUGCAAAGUAAAUAUUUUGGAAGCAAGUUAUCGGGCGAAGGUUUACCAGAAGACUUUUGUAUCCAGACAAUCACUAUUCAAUGUGAGGUUAUGUGAUUGAAUUUGUUUUGCCCAUAAGCAAGCGUCGCAAUUCAGGAAUACACGGAUCGCAAUGGAUUCGUGGAGUGAUGACGAUGACUGGUUCUACGAAUCCAUAAAACGGUACGAUUUACUACUCAUGUUCGAUUUUUCGUCACCCGUCAAAUUUAUUGAAUUCAACGAUUUGGAUAGCGUUUGUCUGAUAUUUGAAGAGGAAAACUGUCGGAAUGAAUUGUCAUGCUUUUCGCUUCCCAAGAAGUUGACUGUAUUGAGAGAACAUGAAGGUCUGGAAAAAGAUUCUGAUUUUCGCCUUCUUAGUGGCGGAUUUUCUCAGAAAUCUGUAAUCCAAGUAAAAAUACUUAAAGGCACCAACACAAUGCUAGCUUCAGAAAAAGAUCUCUGUGGAUUGAGUGUUUAUAAAAUUCCUUCUGAAAAUUCAGGUAUCAUUCAUCAUACAAACACAAUUCACAAUGAGCUUUUAUCUCCAAAACUGUCUCAUAAUAAAUUGGAUUCUUUAGCUAUGGCAGACACAAAUAAAAAGAAUGUUGUUCUUCUUGACACAAAGGGAUUUGUUGUCAAAGGAAAAAUUAAAACUGAGGAGUAUGAGGAAGAGAGCGUAAUUAUUCCAGAAUUUGUUUCACCUCAUUCAUUAGGACUCUGCAAUACAGAAACUGGUUCUGUUAGUAUUUAUGAUACCCGCUGUGCCACAAAAUGCAGCAUGUUGCACUCAGCUCAACCAUUUCCGAAAACUCAAUGGACACUGUCUUCCAGUUUUCUCAGCACUUCCCAUAUAGCCGACAGUACUGAUGAAACAAAGCUGGGUCUUCUGUCUACAAGUGGCAUCAUAAGUGUACUUGACACUCGCAAUCCUCAACACACCCUAAGCUGUGAAAAAGGGAAAGAUAUAUGCAGUCGUUCAGCUAAAAGAAACAUACCAAAAAUCCAAUUCUGUCCUUCAAAGUUUCCCUUGUUAUCCAUUUCAGGUUUUAAUCCAAAUAUUUACAUUUAUGAUUUUUCCUCAGAGAACAUGAAAAAUAUAUUUGUCCACGAUGGUCAUCACAGAAGUAGCUCCACAUGUGAGAACAUUACUACUGAUCAUGUUUGGUACAAAAAUUCUGUUAUGUCAGCUUGUGACAACUUAAGUGUACAUUGCUGGGAGUACACAAGAUAGAACUGAAAUUGUUUAACUCCAACUGGUAUUUAAAAAGGAAACAUCGGAUGAAGUAAAGUGAAUUAUUCACACAGUAAAAAAAUUAAAUUCAAAUGACAAUUUCAGUAUUUCACAAAGAAUAAUGUUGCAUUCUUUUGAAUGAAGCUUGCACAUGUAUUGUUAAAAUAAAAUAAUACAUAAAAAGGAA